AUGGCCAGUCUAGAUUCGUUCCUGCAGAAUGGACCAGUGGACGGUGACCGAGUUGCCGGUCUGGAGGAGUUGAGGAAGGUCGUUCUCCUGGACGGUAUACCCGCCAAUGGCGAAGGCAUGUCUGAACUACGAAUAUACAUCUGGCUCAUCCUUCUCAAUGCCCCGCCAACUCGAACAGAGACAUAUCUGGAUCUCGUGCGGCAAGGUGCCUCGCCAGCAUACGCAAAGAUUCGUAACGACACCUUUCGUACUUUGACGACAGAUCCUUUGUUUCGGCGACGUGUGACAGAGAAUAGCUUGACUCGCGUGCUCAACGCCAUCGCUUGGAAACUUCAUGACGCCAGUGAGGCUCGUAUCAACGGCUGGAUGUCUCCGCCGACACUUGACAUCCCCAAGCUCGAUGCCACAGGUUCAGUCGAUCAUCCCUUUCACUCUCCGGCGUCUGUACAUAGCCGAUACACACGCGGGUCUAUCACCGGCACAGAAGGUUCUGACGCAGGCGAAGGCGCUGCGACGCACAUCGGCUAUGUUCAAGGUAUGAACGUCAUGGCUGCACCAUUCCUCUACGCUGCACGUAGCGAAGCCGAAGCAUUCGCGGCCUUUGAUAGAUUUAUCACGCAUGAGUGCCCGGGUUAUGUACGCGGCAGUAUGGACGGAGUGCACAAGGGACUCGCGCUCGUCGACCAGAUUCUGGCGAUUGUAGAUCCGAAGCUUGCUACACACCUUGCUGCCAAGGGCAUGAAAGCAGAGAUCUACGCCUUUGCAAGUGUACUGACGAUGUGUGCAUGCACUCCUCCAUUGCCGGAAGUUCUUAUCUUAUGGGACUUCCUUUUCGCAUAUGGACCUCAUCUAAAUCUGCUGUGUAUCGUCUCGCAACUUGUGCUCGUGCGAGACUCGCUGCUGAACAGCGAUUCGCCCAAGCCUGACUUCAAGCCCUUGCAGGCUCGUAAAGUGAUCGACUAUACUGUCAACUUUGCGCGUAAAAUCCCCGAGGACUUGUACGAGCAAAUGCUGCAUCAUGCAAAGUGA